AUGUCCACCGCGGGCCAAGACGGCACGGCCGCCUCUCACAAGACGGUGAGAGCAGUUCAAACAUCGCUCAACUAUAGUGACGCGAUGGAGGCGAGAGCCAGAGUUGGAUCGCUCGAUACCGCCAUCUUCGUAUUGUCUCUAAAGGUUAAACGAACUCUUGAGGCGCACUUGCAGAAGGGCCUACCCCAAGUAAAUGAUGAUCCCAUCAGAUACUUUAUAUCUGUCUUCUUCUCCGGCCUUGUCCCAGAACUCCAAAUCAGCAAUCCAAAUUUGGCUGGUACCAAUGAUCGACAGCAAUUAAUGAACCAAGUAGAACGUUACAAGUCUGAGAACCAGGAAAAAAUAAGCCAAAACCCUACACUUGAUGCCGCCUGUACCGGCCUGAAGCUGGCGAAGCGGGCGGAACACGAGCGUCGUGAAUUCAAUCGUCUAAUACACCUUAUUGCCCCCAACCUAUCCCAACUAGUUGGACUGGUUGUUACUGCGCGCUUGCUACAAAGGGCCAGCUCAAUGUAUACACUUGCACACUCGCCGGCAUGUAAGCUACAAUUACUUGGCGUAGCGAAAACCUACUAUCACGCCGUCUUAAGCGGUUCUAACGCUCCGAAGCGUGAAAGUAUCAUAUAUUCUUGCCCGGUCAUUAAGUUCGCCCCUGAAGAGUACCGGGGAAGGAUGGCGAGAUUUUUGGCGAGCAGGUGUGUCUUGGCCGCCCGAGCCGAUUACUUUCAGGGCGAAAGCUUCGGUGUGUAUGGUCGGGAUCUGCACCGGAAAGCUUUAGAGAUGUUCACAAAGUACAAGGGCGACAUGGGAACAAGUGAGUUUGAAAAAUGGGAAAAGGAUAUACAAGCGAUGGUAGCUGAACUUACGCAUACACUGGAAUCUCCAAAAGAGGAAGACAAGUUGUUAGCCGACACAGCGAAGAUGGAAAAACCAGCAGCACAGCCCGAAGUAGUAGAAGCAGCGCCCACCGAAAAGAUAUCAUAG